GUGCCCAGGGCGUCGGAGGAGAUAAAGGCGGGAGGUUUGACCCGAGGGUUGUUGCCGGGCUUACGCAGGAAUUCUUUGGCAAAGCGCUCGGGUAGAACAUUCGAUGAAGUAUUGGGAAGAUGUGCGAAGCACAUGAAUGUCGAGGAAGCGGAAGCCGACUUCUUGCAAAUGGUUAAAGCGAGUAAAGCUGACUCUCGGGAUGAGAGGAGGGAGAAGAAAAAUUCCUCGACUGGGGAAAGAAAGGGGUCCCCACGAGCAGAAAGAGAGGGGCGACCUAGGGGUUGGAGGCCGACGCAAUACACCACUUUGUUGGCCCCUCAGGCGCGAAUUUUGGAGGUGAUGGAAAGGGAAAUUCAUGACAAUGUCGUCAGAUGGCCCAAGACAAGGAAGGAUGGGCCAACGAGACUAAAAAGUAAUCUAUACUGCCGAUUUCAUAAAGAUUAUGGGCACAAUACUGACGACUGCAGACAUCUUAAGGACGAGAUCGAGAGACUGAUUAAAGCAGGACACUUGAAGGAAUUCAUAUACAAGGAUCGGGAGAAGUCGAGCAAGAAAAGAGAAAGGAGCAAGAGCCCUCGCAAGAGGGCGAGAACGCCUGAGAAGGAGGAGCUUCCUCAGAAAAGGAGAGUCAUACAUAUGAUAUUCGGUGGAUCGACUGAUGGAGAUUCGAAUCGAGCAAGGAAGACGUAUGCUCGAGGACGCCAUGGAAAAGUCGAGGUACAACAAGUCGACGAGAAUGAUCUUGUAAUGAACUUUGGCCCAACAGAUGUGGAAGAGGUCGAGAGACCUCACAAUGAUGC